UAGUACCGUAACUAUUGGAAGGUCACCUUCGCGAUUGGACAGGGGCGGUGUUGGCGCCAAGCACACCACGCGACUUCUCCUGGCAGGCAUCAACAUACACUGCCACAGUGUCUACUCUUGGAUAAAAUCAUAUAUCAGGACAUAUCCCAAACUUUCAUUGACGGCCACCCUACAGUUCUCGGUUCCACCGGUAAUAAGGUGAUUGAAGUCUAUACCGUUAUCCACACCAUCAAAAGGAUCAACCACUCCAACUACAACUACAUACAAUUACCACCCCGGCCAAUACCACCAAAUAUGCUCUCCAAACUCAUGGCAGAACUCAAGUCAACCGUCAAACCCACCCCGCCGGACCCCGCGCCGCCCGUACGAAAGCGAAAGGCAAACAAACCAAUCCAAACCACCUACGCCUCCGUGCCCAUCCCCCUCCCAGACUCCUUCCUCACCACGCUGCCCCCGGACGCCCAGCCCAUCACCGUGACGCCCAUCGACUUCGCCACCAGCCCGCUGCCCGAGUACGCCAACUGCUACGCCGUGGUGCUCGACAACGUGCUGUCGCCUUCGGAAUGCGCGACCUUGCUCUCCCUCGCCGAGGCAAGCGUGCCGCCGGACGGCGGCGAGGUCCUGCGGAACGGGCCCGACGACCCGUGGGGCCCCGCGCUGGUCAACGUCGGCGGCGGGUUUGAGGUGCUGGAGCAAGGGUAUCGCAACGGCGAGCGGAUCGUGUGGGACCGGCAGGAGGUGGUCGAUCGGCUCUGGCAGCGGUGUCUCAGUGGUGCCGGGCAAGGGUUGGCGGAACGGUUUGCUGAGUUGGGGGAUGGCGAGAAGGGCAUCACGGGCUCGGUGAGGGGGGAGGGGGAUAAGUGGGUGUUUGUGAGGGUUAAUGAGAGGAUGCGGUUUUUGAAGUAUGGGAAGGGCGGGUUUUUUAGGCCACACUGUGACGCGCCGUACUUCGAGGACAAAGACGACUCGAAGCAUGUCCGGACCAUGUUCACCAUCCAUCUGUACCUGAACGACUCCCAGGCCGAGGUGGAGGGUGCCGAGCUGGUUGGCGGCGCCACGACGUUCUAUUCGAGCGACGAGAAGAGGAAGAUUGACGUGAAUCCGAAGGCGGGGCGCGUGCUCAUCUUCCAGCACCGGCGGCUGUAUCAUUCUGGAGAGGACGUCCUGGCUGGGACUAAGUACACCAUGCGGACCGACAUCCUGUAUGAGCUCGUCAGGGGCGAGUAAGGGGCUUGCAUUUGAGGGGAAGUGUGGGUGGACAGCGUAGUAGUCCCCUUUAGCGUACACCUAAGGUAUCUGCUGGGGCGUGCCGUCCCAGAUACGCAAAACAAAAUAUAGGAAAAGGCCAUCUACACCCACCAUCAUCACCAAGAAUUCUCAUGGUACCGUACCCACGCCAAGCACGGCC